CCAAAACGCAUCCCAAUCCUUUCCCCUUUCAUAAGAUAACAUCCAAAACCCCUCUCUCUCUCUCUCUUCUCUCCUUCUUUCUCUCUCCUCUCUGUUACUGAGUUUCCGGUUCCUCUGCCGUUUGUUGCAAAGUUUCCGAAAUCUGUGAGCACCGCAACUGUCCAAUUAAUAUUCUGCAGCCACCCGUACUGGAAUAAUCGAAGUUAACCUGGAUGAAUCGCAACCGAUUCUGAUUCUUCUUCAUCUGCGCACGCGAAAAUGGAGGUCGAAUAUCAAGAGGUGUACAUAAGGAAUUCAAGAGGAGUGCAGAUCUUCACUUGCCGAUGGCUGCCGCGGCUUUCUUCUCCGAAGGCGUUGGUGUUCCUCUGUCAUGGAUACGGCAUGGAGUGCAGUGGUUUCAUGAGAGGAUGUGGGCACCGGCUGGCAACUUCGGGAUACGCAGUGUUUGGGAUGGACUACGAAGGCCAUGGACGAUCCAGUGGAGCUCGUUGCUACAUCAAGAAGUUUGAAAACAUAGUUGCCGACUGUUACAACUUCUUCACUUCCAUUUCUGUUCAGGAAGAGUACCGAGACAAGUGCAGGUUCUUGUAUGGAGAGUCCAUGGGUGGGGCAGUGGCCCUUCUUUUGCAUAAGAAAAAUCCCAGAUUUUGGAAUGGUGCUGUUCUCGUAGCUCCAAUGUGCAAGAUAUCCGAGAAGGUAAAGCCGCACCCUGUGGUUGUGAAUCUGUUGACAAGAGUAGAAGAAAUUAUACCGAAAUGGAAAAUAGUCCCAACAAAGGAUGUCAUAAAUUCAGCCUUCAAGGACCCCGUAAAGCGAGAAGAGAUAAGGAGCAACAAGUUAAUAUACCAAGACAAGCCAAGGCUUAAAACAGCCCUCGAGAUGCUAAGAGCCAGCAUGAGCCUAGAAGACACCUUACACGAGGUAACACUCCCAUUCUACGUACUACACGGAGAAGCCGAUACAGUGACAGACCCAGAAGUAAGCAGAGCACUAUACGAGAAAGCAAGCAGCAAAGACAAGACAAUCAAACUGUACCCGGGAAUGUGGCAUGGCCUCACAUCAGGAGAACCAGACGAAAACAUCGAAAUUGUCUUCUCGGACAUCAUAGAUUGGCUGGACAAGCGCGCCGGCGGGAACUCGGUGGGGUUUCAAUCGAGUCGCCCACAUGGAAAUGGCGUCGAGAGACUCAAUUGUUCGAUUGCGGUUGGCAAUCGGAAAGGGCCGCAUAGAAGUAACAAUCGUGGGAGUUAUCUCUGCGGUUUGAAGGGACGGUUGGCUUACCGAUCGGCGAUGUAG